AUGGCCACACACUGGAAUAUUCCAGUCAUCUCGUAUACAGCAGCAACCAGUAAUAUGGGUGAUAAAACAGUCUAUCGCACUUUGGCUCGAAUAUCCUCCACCAAUGUCAAUUCAAUGGCCGAAGCUGCUGCCGCUGUUCUGGCUCAUUACAACUGGACAAAGGUAGCAAUAGCGACAAAUGCUGGUGUGUUAGCAUUUGACCGCACUCAGGCAUUCGAGGAAGUCUUCAAACGACGACGGAUACAAGUGCUGAGGAAAGUUAUGUUUGAUAUUAGUGCUACCACCGAAGAAGUUAUUGCUAGCGGUUUCCUGGAUGAACUUCGCAACAAUGCUCGAGGUAAAUUCGUUACAGGAAAUCUAUAG